AUGGGUACGGACAUGGACUGUGCUUGUGGCAUGGCUGAUAUGGCGGUAUCGAGUAUCGACCUGUUGAUGCCUGCUCCCGCCUACGAUUUAUCAAGAGACACGGCUUUUAGGCUCCGCGAGAAGGCAUGCAUCAGUCUCUGCUGCUUGAUCCAAGAGAGGCCAGUUUUGGGCUCAAACGACACCCUCAUGCCAAGAUUACAACUCGACUUCCUGCUGCUAUCUGUACAGCCCCUUCCUCUCAAACCGACUGUGUGGCCAUACACAUUACCCGUCUCGUCCUACCCUUAUGUUGGUUGA